GACGUCAUCCCCAGAAAUUCUUCCAUUGCAUCGAACGACACUUUCAGCUGUGUUCUUCGCAUUUACGCUGGUCACGCUCUCUACAACGCGCCUUUUACUACAUAGAGUAACAUCCAUCAAUUAAACCCCAAUUCCACGAAAUCCGACCUCGAAUUGACCGUGUCGCGCGCAUCAUGGGCAACGAAUCCUCCACUGUGGUGGACGAGGAGACUAUCCCAUCCGUGCUGGAGAAGCGCACCAUUGAGGCAGUCGCGAAUUACAUCUUGGAGAAAGAUGUGCGACGUAUUGUGGUGAUGGUGGGUGCAGGCAUCAGUACCUCGGCCGGUAUACCCGAUUUUCGCUCCCCCGACACGGGCAUUUAUUCCAAUCUUGCCUACCUGGAUCUGCCCGAUCCUGAAGCCGUGUUUGACAUCGGUUUCUUCCGCGAGAACCCUAAGCCUUUCUACACUUUGGCCCGCGAGCUUGCCCCCGGUCGAUACCGACCCACCAUCGCACAUUCAUUCAUCAGACUCCUCUACGAGAAGGGUCGCCUACUAAAACAUUUCUCGCAGAAUAUCGACUGUCUCGAGCGUCUGGCGGGGGUUCCCGGCGAGAUGAUUGUUGAGGCCCACGGAAGCUUUGCGACCCAGCGGUGCAUCGAUUGCAAGGCGGCCUACCCGGAUGACCGGAUGAAGGCGGCUGUUGACAAGGGAGAGGUACCUCACUGUCCUCAGUGUAAUGGGCUUGUGAAGCCGGACAUUGUUUUCUUUGGGGAAGCGCUACCGUCCGACUUCUUUGACAGUCGCGAUUUGCCCGAACAGGCCGAUCUCUGCAUUGUGAUGGGCACCAGCCUGACGGUGCAACCGUUUGCUAGUCUUCCCGGGUUUUGUCGUGAUGGGGUGCCCCGGGUCUUGAUCAACAUGGAGCGGGUAGGAGGACUUGGGUCACGCCCAGACGAUGUCUUGGUGCUGGGCGAUUGCGACACUGGUGUGCGUCGGUUCGCUCGCGCAUUGGGCUGGGAAGAAGAAUUGGAGGCGUUAUGGGAAACCACCAAGCUGCCGGAAGAACCAGGCGCACAGACGGCAGAGGAUGGGCCUUCUCGGACACGCGAAGAGCAGUUACAGGAAGAGGUUGAGCGUCUCACAAAUGAGGUCGAUCGCACGCUAGGUAUCUCGCAAGCCUACGAGCAACGUGUCCGACAACAAUUAGGGAGCCCUGUCGUGGGGAAAGCGGAUCGCGCAGAUCGAGCCGAUCCGGCGAAUAACAACGGCAGCUCGCAUGCGGGGGAGACAGGCACCGAAGGACUGGCCCAUGUCUUCCCCCAUCUGGCACAGGCCACGAAGAAACUCAGCCUGGAAAAUCCCAAAUAAUUGGCUUCUUGACGAAGACGGGAUGGUAUGGGAGGAAGCAAGAUGGGCGUGGGUGGCUGGUUGACUAUCCCGUCCGGAUCGGGCGUGUCGACCCUGGAAAGUGCUGAUGAUGAUAAUAAUGACCUUGAUGAUACCGAUGAUCGAUAAAAAACAAACGUACCAAGGUAAGAGU